UGGAGCUCAGGCCCUGGGCGCCGCCGCUGCCGCCCUCGCUCAGUCUGCCUCCGGCCGGGGCUUUCCGUGCGCUCUGCUCCGGGGAGCCGCUCGCUAUGAACGCAGCCCGGGCCCUGCUCUCCGCCGUGUUCCUCAUCAGCUUCCUGUGGGAUUUACCCGGUUUCCAGCUGGCUUCCAUCGGCUCCUCCACCAAGGGCCCGAGGAGCCGCCGAGAGGCGAAGGUGGCCAGGUCCCCCAGAGGCAUCCCCGCCCUGGCCAGCCACUGGCCGGGGGGCAAAGCGCAGCAGCGAGCGGAGCCCCACGAGUACAUGCUGUCUCUGUACAGGACCUACUCCAUAGCGGAGAAACUGGGGAUCAAUGCCAGCUUUUUUCAGUCAUCGAAAUCCGCCAAUACUAUCACUAGUUUUGUAGACAGGGGACGAGACGAUCUCUCGCCCGCCCCGCUCAGGAGACAGAAGUAUUUGUUUGAUGUAUCGACUCUCUCCGACAAAGAGGAGCUGGUGGGAGCGGAGCUACGGCUCUUUCGCAAAGCCCCGGGCCAUCGCCUCCCCCAGCCCCCGCCGGGCCUGUCCUCCAUGCAGCUCUUCCCCUGCCUCUCCCCCCGGCUCCUGGGCGCCCGGACUCUGGCCCCGCAGGAGGCUCCCCCGGCCGGCUGGGAAGUGUUUGACGUGUGGCAGGGGCUGCAGCAGCAGCAGCCCUGGAAGCAACUGUGCCUGGAGCUGCGGGCCCCGGGGGGCCGGGGGCAGCAGCCGCUGCCGGACCUCAGGAGCCUGGGCUUCGGCCGGAGAGGCCGGGCGCAGCAGGAGAAGGCGCUGCUAGUGGUGUUCACCAGGUCCCCGCGGAAGAACCUGUUCGCCGAGCUGCGGGAGGAGCGGGGCUCGCCGCAGGCGGAGCGGGGCUCUCCGCAGCGCGUGCCGCAGGAGACCCAGCAGCAGUUCAAGACGCGGCGGAAGAGGCGGACCGCCUUCGCCAGCCGCCAUGGCAAGAGGCAUGGCAAGAAGUCCCGGCUCAGGUGCAGCAAAAAGCCUCUGCACGUGAACUUCAAGGAGCUGGGCUGGGACGACUGGAUUAUCGCCCCGCUGGAGUACGAAGCCUACCACUGCGAAGGGGUGUGCGACUUUCCGCUGCGAUCCCACCUGGAGCCCACCAACCACGCCAUCAUCCAGACCCUCAUGAACUCCAUGGACCCCAGCUCCACGCCUCCCAGCUGCUGCGUGCCCACCAAACUGACCCCUAUCAGCAUCCUCUACAUAGAUGCGGGCAACAACGUGGUGUACAAGCAGUACGAGGACAUGGUGGUCGAGUCCUGCGGUUGCAGGUAGCAGGCUGCUUUGCCGGUCUCCCAGGGGCAGAUCGAGGCGGUUUGGAGCUAUAAAUGAACUCAAAGGACAGGAGCGGGCUGGUCGAGUCUGAGGUCCCGGAAAGCUCACCUAUGGGACGGGAGGGGAAUUCUCACAUGCUGGGUGCUCCUGGAAAACAGUCAAGGAUCUGCGGCGCGUGUGCAUCGGCUGGCGUGAUCUGCAUACUUGAUAGGCUUGAAUGGGUGAGGAAGAGUUUUUGUAUCCUGCUCUCGACACAUUGGAAACCAGCAUUAAAACUAGCCACCAAUCAACCCCUUCCCCUCUGGCGAAGCUCCCCAUUACAGAGGGGAACGUGGGUUUUAACUGCCUGCUCCGUGCCUGACCCAGCCGGCCCCUCACCUAACAAGCUGGGGCUGCUCAGUUUUCAGGAGAAAGCUGGCACUGAGUAGCCCACCUUCCAGAUCCUGCUUUGCACACAAGGAGACUCAAGGCCACCCCUUCAUUCUAAGAACUGGGUGGAAGUGGAAGCGGGAAAGUGGGAGGGGGAGGAAAAGAGGGGGACACUUUUGCAAAAGCUUUCUUCAGAUCUGAUGGAAACCAGCGCUGUCCAGAUCAGGUUGUGGGAGUCACGUCUGGAGAGAGAAGGAUUAUUUUGCUGCGCCUUCUCCGUUGAUGUAUCUCCCCAGUGUACACAAGAUGCAGUGACAGGCACCUGUUCAAACUGAGCCCAUUUGAGAUUAAGGGAAAGCAAUAGGCACGACUCUUUUCAUGGGUUGGCAUGCGGAGAGUAAUGGGACUAGCAAGCAGAGGAGGCAAAAAAAAAAAAAUCCCCAAUAAAGUUUUGGUUCCAAGGACUUUUCCCCUUAGAAUUAUCUGAUGAUCAAUACCCGCUUUAAGUGUAAAGGCAAAUUACCAAGUAUAAAGACAAUCAAAGCCAGAGAGCAGAAUGACUCUUGCCUCUGAAGUUUCCCUAAGAAGAGUUAUUUCGCUUCUGCCCUCUCUCUUUCACAUUCCUGCAAAAUUACCAGCCAGAAAUAGCCUACGGCCCCCUCCCCCCCGAAAAAACAUUGUUCCAGAUUGUAAUUACCAGUUAGGUUAUAUUUUAAGACUUAGUAAUGAAAAACUGUGAAAAGAGCGAAGUGUUACAGAAAACACAAAUAGGAGUGAUUUGGAAUGAAAGCUCCUUUAAAUUUCAAGAAAAAGCAUGUAACUAUUCAAUUAACAAAUUCCAUAGGUAGCUCUAUCAACCUGCAACAGUAUUAUAUGGAAAUAUGGUGUUGGAAAAAGCAUUUAUAACGAUUUUUGUUUCCUUCCCACCUUUAGUCUGAAACAUGACUUCACCUAAGGAAAGUGCACUUCUCAGCAUGCCCAAACCUUUUUGUGUCUAUUUUUAACUUGUAUGUUUAUAAGUUUAAACUUCUCCCAAGGAAUUCUAGUGCUGUGAGCUUAUCUAGUUUCACAGAGCUUCAAACUGGUGAAAAAAGAUGAGAGUAAUAAUAAUUAAUUAAUAAUAUAAAACACUAAUAAUAAUAAGAAGAAGACUCGACCAGGAGCAAUAAUUUAAAAUGCACAUUUUGCUUUGGAUGCACUGUUGUUCAUAUUAAAGCUGUAAAUAUUUGUUUAUUUAAACAGACUGAAAAGUGCAAAAUGGAGGUGAACAACAUGCAUUUCUUUUUUAAAUGUACAAAACAUUAUAUGCACUCAAAAUGUUAUAAUUUCUAAUAUUUUUUAAAGUUUAUAUUUGAGUUGUACAGAGUUAAGCAUUAAACAGAUAUUUCAUUCUUCC